AUGAAGAGAAGUAUCGAACUCGGAGCAUGCUUCUUUGCGAAGAAACCGCUCGAUAUUAACACCGUCGAAAACUUAUGGCAACAUGUGUUGAACUUCAAGAAGCAUUCUAAAAGAGAAAGUGUCGAGAGCGCUGGGGAUAGAGAAUUUCAUCGUACCGAUCGAGCGACGUUGAAUGAGGAAGAAGAGAAUAGGGUUGAUGCUAAAGAGAAAGAGGGCGACACUCCGAAGCAAGAAGCGAAUAAGGGAUGCGCGGAGUGCAGUAAGGACACCACAGAGGGAGAAGAGAAGAUGGAGAGUGAGGACGAUAAUUUGAGCAAACUAAGGAAGAAGCCGAUCAGUUGGUGUUCCUUUCUCCAGCAAAAGUUUCUUGAUGCACUUGAAAUCCUAGGCGACGAGAAUGUACAACUAAAUGGAUAUGCAACAUCAAACCCAACACAAGCACUUCAACAAUUUGCGAUGAGCCAACCACCAAUUCUUGUUUCAACAAUUGGAGAACUAAGUACUCAAUCCCUAGCUUAUGGAUCUACUAAUGAUACAUUUCAUUAUGGUGGCCAAACUUUUCAAGAUCACGCGCCAAAUUAUGAUUCAGUUGCAAAUAAAGGAGAGUUCGGCGCUCAUGAAUCCUCAACAUGUGAAGUUGAACAACAAUAUUAUUACGACAAUAUUAGUAAUAAUAAUAACAAUAUGGUGGAGAAUUUUCAGAAGGUAGUGGACGAUGACGACUUCGGUGAUGUAGAGAAGUUUGCUUAUGGAGAUGAUCCGUGGCUUUCGAUUCUUCAGGAUGUUACGGAGGGCGGCUUGGACCUGGACAUUAGUGAUGUUUAG